UCUCUCUCUCUCUCUGUGUGUGUGUGGAAAUCCUCGAGAAAUCAAUUUCUUGAACGCUCGGACCCAGAAAAGAAAUUCUUCAAUCACCACAUUUUUUGCUCUUUCCCUUUCUCUCUAUCGCUCUCUAAAACCCAAGAGAGAAAGAAAGAGAGAAAAGCCAAGCCCGCACCAUCCAUGGCUGACAAGAAAGAGUCGAAACCCCACGGGGAAGAAGAGACGAAAAUCCCAGUGUUCACAGUCCUAAAGAACGGAGCCAUUCUCAAGAACAUCUUCAUCGUCAACAAUCACCAAUCCCCCUCACCCCCGUCGACUGCCCAAAACCCAGACCAAGAUCACGAAGAAAUCCUGACUGUCGGACGACACCCCGAUUGCAGCAUCACGUUGACUCACCCCAGCAUCAGCAGAUUCCACCUCCAAAUCCACUCAAACCCCUCCAAGCAACACCUCUCUGUCGUGGACUUAUCGUCCGUGCACGGGACUUGGGUUUCGGGGAAGAAGGCAGAGCCGGGGAUGCGCGUGGAGCUGAAGGAGGAAGAUACGGUGAGGGUCGGUGGCUCGAGCAGGGAAUAUAGGCUGCAUUGGGUUCCUUUGAGUCGCGCCUACGAUUUGGAAAACCCGUUUGUGCCGCCCAAGUUGGAUGUGUGCAUGACGGAGGAGAAAGAAGAGGAAAAUGCAGUGGAAACUUAUCAGGAUGAGAAACCUGUGUCAAUCGGAAAUGAAAACAUUGAAGAGAGUGAUUCAUUGGUAGUGGAAGGAGAGGAAGAGAAAUCUUGGGAUGAGAAUUCAUUUUCAGUUGAAAAUAUGGAAAUUCAAUCACAAGAUUUAAUUUUGGAGGGAUUACAUUCCUUGUUUUCUGUGGAGAAUUUGGAAUUGAUUGUGAAGAAGGAAAUACCAUCGGCGCCUCUGUUGCCUGAAAAUAUGAUAUAUGAUGAAAAGGAAGAAGAUGACAGCCCAUCAAGAAUUGUUCAUGAGCCGGGGGAAAUCUCGAGUCUUCGGUCUGGGCCCGUUGGACCUGAAACUGAGUUGGUGGACUUGUCUUUGCCUGUUGGAGGAGUUUUCUUGGAGACUGAAAAUCAGCAAUUGAAGAAAGUAAACUGUAGCCCAAAACCUCAUUCUGUCAUGGAAGUGUUAUCUGAAACAGAAGACACUGAGAACUCCUUAAGAAUUUCAGAGCAGGAAUUUAAGCUUUUGGUAAGCAUGGAUUCUUCAUUUUCUGCUCAGGAGGAAGAAGCAACUCAUCGAGUAGCUGAAAUGCCUGAAGAAACUGAGAACAGUAUCUUAUUGGAAAAAGACAAUAGGCAGAGGGAUGUUUCCAGACCUUGGUCUGGACCUCUCAUUAUGGAGAACUCGUUGUUGCCAGUUGAGGAAGUUCCUACAGAGAAUAAUAACCAACAAGUCGAUGAAGGAAGCCACACCCCACAGACUCUCUUGGCCUUGCAAUCACUAUCUGAUAGAGGAAAGGAAGAUUACUGCACACCUGAGCAAGAAAUAAACUUGCUGGUGAGCCUGGACUCUGCAUGUUCUGAUGAAAAGAGUCAUUCAGGAGCUGAAUUACUUGAAGAAGCUGAACUUUCAAGACCUUGGUCUGGACCUCUCAUUAUGGAGAACUCGUUGUUGCCAGUUGAGGAAGUUCCUACAGAGACUAAUAACCAACAAGUCGAUGAAGGAAGCCACACCCCACAGACUCUCUUGGCCUUGCAAUCACUAUCUGAUAGAGGAAAGGAAGAUUACUGCACACCUGAGCAAGAAAUAAACUUGCUGGUGAGCCUGGACUCUGCAUGUUCUGAUGAAAAGAGCCAUUCAGGAGCUGAAUUACUUGAAGAAGCUGAACUUUCAAGACCCUGGUCUGGACCUCUCAUUAUGGAGAACUCGUUGUUGCCAGUUGAGGAAGUUCCUACAGAGACUAAUAACCAACAAGUCGAUGAAGGAAGCCACACCCCACAGACUCUCUUAGCCUUGCAAUCACUAUCUGAUAGAGGAAAGGAAGAUUACUGCACCCCUGAGCAGGAAAUAAACUUGCUGGUGAGCCUGGACUCUGCAUGUUCUGAUGAAAAGAGCCAUUCAGGAGCUGAAUUACUUGAAGAAGCUGAUCUUUCAAGACCUUGGUCUGGACCUCUCAUUAUGGAGAACUCGUUGUUGCCAGUUGAGGAAGUUCCUACAGAGACUAAUAACCAACAAGUCGAUGAAGGAAGCCACACCCCACAGACUCUCUUGGCCUUGCAAUCACUAUCUGAUAGAGGAAAGGAAGAUUACUGCACACCUGAGCAAGAAAUAAACUUGCUGGCGAGCCUGGACUCUGCAUGUUCUGAUGAAAAGAGCCAUUCAGGAGCUGAAUUACUUGAAGAAGCUGAACACCAGAGUGAAUCAAGUAAUGACCUCGAAAAGAGGGAAAUCUCAAGCCUUUAUUCUGUACCUAUUACAACAGAAUCCAUGGACCCAUCUUUGCUUGCUGGGGAAGUUCUUGUAACAGUUCUCCCGGAGGUUACAGAAAAAAAAGAAAGCCUGACCCAGCAAUUUGCUUUUGCUGCAGCAGGACUAUCUGAAAUAGAACUCUCAGAAAGAUCGUCACCUGGAUCAGAAGAAAAGUUAGAGUCGUGUAGCAUUUGGUCAAGAAGAGGUAAACCUGCUAGUGUUCCUCAGAUUCAAACAGGUGCAAGCAGAGGUAAGACAAUCAGAGCUGGUGUUGAUGCUGAAGUUGGAUCACAUAAUCGGGAGGACACCGAAAAUAAAUUGAUUGCUAAAGCUCUUUUCACUGAUUUACAAGAGGAAGAAGAAAUUUUUACCCCGAACAAGGAGAAUUUCACCCCAAACACUCUUCUUGUGAAAUCCUUGAAAAUGAAGGGUAGGACAGGAGAAAUUAAGCACUCUAAAUCAUGGAUAUCAUCCUCUUCCAAGAUUACUUUCAGCCCUGGUAUCCAUCCAGAAGAAGAUAUGACUGCCUCUUCAGACAAAGAGAACCAGACACCAAAAAUUGUCCAUGAACAGGAAUCAGCUAGACCCACCUAUGGAAAUCGAGUGAGGUUGGAAAAAGAGAUAAUGCCGAUGAAGAUAAUAUCAGAAAGGGUGCCCUUUCAAUCUUUACUUGUGAACUCCACAGGCAAGAGCAGAGCAGACACUUCGGUCCCUGAUGCUGCUAUGAGAAGCUGCAAUUCCGUCACCUGUACUCAAACUAAUGAGAAGUUCACUAACAUCUCUUCUAACAACUCCACCGGAGAGGCCAAGAGAAGCUGGAAUAUGGUAGUGGACACUACUACUCUUCUGAACAAGGAGUCAAGGAAGUCAUUGCUUCUUUUACAGGGUCUCAAGGGAACUCAUUUAAUUAUUCCAAGAAUGGUCCUAAGGGAGCUGGAUACUCUGAAGCGACGUGGUAGUCUGUUUAGAAGAACAACAGAGGCUUCUUUGGUGUUAGAAUGGAUUGAGGAAUGUAUGGUGAAAUCAAAGGGGUGGAUUCAUGUGCAGAGCUCAUUUGAGGAGGAUAGGGCGCUCGCUCCUACCCCUCCUGCUUUUCCUCAAUCUCCUUAUGGUGAGGGCAGGAUGGGGUCUUCCUGUGGGACAGCAAGCUCAAUGCCAUUUUCAAGCUAUGGGAGUUUAAUUGUUUCACCAACAGCAGAAGACCAUAUCCUUGAUUAUGCUCUUCUAUACAGGAAAAGGAACAAUGAUGGACGUCUCGUCCUUCUCAGUGACGAUGUCACGCUGAAAAUAAAAGCAAUGGCAGAGGGUUUGAUUUGUGAGACAGCACAAGAAUUCCGUGAGAGUCUAGUGAACCCCUUCUCUGAGAGGUUCUUGUGGGCUGACAGCUCUCCCAGAGGACUUACAUGGUCUUAUUUAGAUGAUGUAGUUUUAAGGGAGCAGUACUCUCGCCGCCCCUUAAAAAAGUCAGCCAAAGGAGAAAGUGCAAAGGGUUUGAAGCUCAUUCUGCUUCAUAACCUUCAUUAUGGGCAGAUCAGUUCAGUCAGCUAAAAAACAAUUAGCCUCUACCUUUUCCUUUUGUUGGUGGGGUGGG